UUUCCUAACUGGAAUGAGAACACCGGUCGAAGAUGACAGCCAAAACAAAGUUUAUGAGAUUGGAAUCAGAAAUCGAGAAAUACAGAAAUGAAUCAUGUUGGAUAAAAGCCAGCGAAUUGGCUCGCCAACUUUCCAGUAAAUCUUCUGAAUUAGAUUAUUAUGAACAGUUUACACUGGCAGAAAGUCACUUAGAAGAGUACCUUAAAGAAAACCCUCCAAUAGAGAAAAACAGCAGUAAAGCAAGAGCACAUCUGGCAGAUGCCGAAAAACAGCUGAAACUUGUAGCCAAGGUGAAAAAUAAGUUGAGCCUGGAUGCCAACCUACUGCUUGCCAAAAUAAGCUACAGUCAGGGUCAGUAUGAGACGGCCCUUGAAAUAUUCGAUGACCACGCUAAUUUAGACAACCUAGCCACCAAGGACUUUGCUACCACACGCCAGCUACAGAUAGUUGCAGAAUCGUUUGCAAUCAAAGGUAUGUGUAUAGAGAGGGUUGGGCCAAGCUCCACCAGUAAGUUCCGUGUGGCCGAACAAGAGGAGAAGAUCAUCAGCUGCUAUGAGAAGUCUGGGGACCUAGCUUUGCUGUAUCUCCAGGAGAGGGAUCGGACAGGCAGUUCAAGUAGUUCCGGAGUCAGUCCCUCACCAACACCAUCAAAUCCGCAGGAGGAUAACCUUGGCAUGAUCCUAGAGACGGCCUUACAACAGUCACCUAUCCUCUACAUCAAACGAGGAAACCUGGAUAAGGGUGUCAACAGAUUUCGAGAUCUUUUGAGAGUAGUGGAAUCCCGCUUUACCCAAGGACUACGACAGACGUUGGCCCGACAACUGGCGGAAGUGUUACUGCGUGGAAUGUGUGAGAACUCCUACAUACCCAUAGGACCUGUGAUAAAACCAACUUCUCUGUCUACACACUCACUCCAGCCCAGGAAGUACUCCGGGGACAGACAGUUCGUGCCCCGGGAUGAAAAUGAGGAGGCAUUGCUACUACUGCUCAUAGCCGAGGCCAUUGCCACUCGGGAGGCUGUGUUGAACAGAACGGAGGAACAUGACGAAGCUCGUCUUCAUAGUUUCAUGAACACCACAGUUGUAUUUGAUCUCCUGGCCGUGGCUCUGGUCAAACGUGCACAGUUCAACAAGCUGUCAGAGUCCUUUGAGCGAGCAAUGCGGUUUUCUUUUGAAGAGUUUCAUAUUUGGCACCAGUUUGCCAACUCCCUUAUCUGUGCUGGAAAGUACACGCGAGCACUGUUGGUACUGAAGGAAUGUUCUCGGCUAAAACCACAGAACUGCACAGUACUACUUCAAGGGGCCAAGCUCUGUUAUGAGUACUUACACCAGUAUAUGGAAGGUAUCCGCCUAUCAGAGCAAGCCCUGCAGUGUCUGGCUGAUGAGCAUCCACUCUGUGCGAGAGUCCAUGUGUCUCUUGGCAUCGGUUAUAGCCUUGCUGCCAUGGAGAUGAGACUGCAGGUUGACCGACAACAGUACAACAAAAAGGCUCUCUCAGCUUUCAAUAGGGCACACAUGUAUGACCCCAGUGACUACCUGGCAUUGUUUCACCUGUCGCUGCAGCUUGCCAUCCACAGACAGAUAAACGAUGCAAUCAAAAAUGUGAGAUUAGCACUAAGGUACCGGAACGACCACAUCCAUUCUCUUCACCUUCUAGUUUUGUUGCUGACAGCACAGAAGCAGUUCGAUGAAGCUAUAUCUCUACUGAAUGCAGCAUUAGACGAAUACCCAGAAAACCUGAGUUUGAUGUUGACCAAGUCAAGACUGGAGGAGAUACUGUAUGGUCCGGAGCAGGCGCUGGCCACAUGUAAACACAUGCUGCAACUCUGGAAGGAAUUGUACGAGGUGGAUACAGAGGAGGCAGUGACGGAUGUCCGAAGUAGCCGUCGACCCACAGCCACAGACAGGACACAGUUUGAUCGCAGAAGUUUCGCCCAGUUACAGCUUACAGAACUCAAUGAGAGGGAUACUGGUUCAUUAAGAGCAGAGUCUAUAGCAGCAUCUCGAGUUGAACAAACAAUGUCUGAGGUGGCCUCAUCCUUAAAUAGUACAUUCCAGCCCCGUCCAGGCUCCCAGCAAACUUGGCUUCUCCAGGCCCAAAUCUGGUUACACUUAGCUGAACUGUACCUGACCCUUGACAAGAUGUCCGAGGCUGAAGCCUGUGUUGUGGAGACCAGUACAAUCUUCCCUCUCUCUCACCAGGUGGCGUUCAUGAAAGGCAGAGUGCUGGAACACAAACUUAAGUAUAAUGAAGCGAAACUGUGUUAUGAGGAUGCCAUUUCCAUCAAUCCGGGCCAUACAAAGUCCCUACAACAUCUGGGUAUGGUGCUACAUCAGCUGGAGAAUGAUAAGAUGGCAGAGAAAGUAUUACGAGAUGCUGUCAACACUGAUCCUGUAUCUCACGAGUCUUGGUAUCUUCUUGGCUUAGUUCUGGAGACGCUCGGUCAGGACGAGGCAGCUACUGACUGUCACACAACAGCAUUGGAGUUGGAGGCUAGCAGUCCGACUGUUCCCUUCACCGUCAUACCUCGUCUGAUGCAGUAGUCAAAAAGAUCUUCCAUUUAUCGAACAAAUAAACAAAAUUGAAGUUUGUAAUUACUAUUUUUCUAUAGAUUAAAAAAAUUAUGGAUAUUCAUCAAAGUUAUAAUUUACCCUUUGUCAAUGGUGCAACAUAGUGACUGUCUAGGUUUGAUUUAGCCUUCAAAAUUUUUACUUUAAAACCUGUUAAAAUGUAUCUUCAAAUGUUUUCAUUUCACAUGAGAUUUUUGAUAGCUCAGUUACAGCGCUUUGAUAGCUCAGUCAGAUACAGCGCUGUGAUAGCUCAAUCAGUUUCAGCGCUGUGAUUGGUCUGUCAGUUACAGCGCUGUGAUAGCUCAGUUAGUUACAGCACUUUGAUUGGUCAGUCAGUUACAGCGCUGUGAUAGCUCAAUCAGUUUCAGCGCUGUGAUUGGUCAGUCAGUUUCAGCGCUGUGAUAGGUCAGUCAGUUACAGCGCUGUGAUAGGUCAGUCAGUUACAGCGCUGUGAUAGGUCAGUCAGUUACAGCGCUGUGAUAGUCAGUCAGUUACAGCGCUGUGAUAGGUCAGUCAGUUACAGCGCUGUGAUAGCUCAGUCAGUUACAGCGUUGUGAUAGGUCAUUCAGUUACAGCGCUGUGGUGGCUCAGUCAGUUACAGUGCUGUGAUAGGUCAUUCAGUUACAGCGUGUGAUAGCUCAGUGAGUUACAGCGCUGUGAUAGGUCAGUGAGUUACAGCGCUGUGAUAGCUCAGUCAGUUACAGCGCUGUGAUAGCUCAGUCAGUUACAGCACUGUGAUAGGUCAGUCAGUUACAGCGCUGUGAUAGGUCAGUCAGUUACAGCAUUGUGAUAGGUCAGUCAGUUACAGCGCUGUGAUAGGUCAGUCAGUUACAGCGCUGUGAUAGGUCAGUGAGUUACAGCGCUGUGAUAGCUCAUUCAGUUACAGCGCUGUGAUAGGUCAUUCAGUUACAGCGCUGUGAUAGGUCAUUCAGUUACAGCGCUGUGAUAGGUCAUUCAGUUACAGCGCUGUGAUAGGUCAUUCAGUUACAGCGCUGUGAUAGGUCAGUCAGUUACAGCGCUGUGAUAGCUCAGUCAGUUACAGCGCUGUGAUAGCUCAGUCAGUUACAGCGCUGUGAUAGCUCAGUCAGUUACAGCGCUGUGAUAGCUCAGUCAGUUACAGCGCUGUGAUAGGUCAGUCAGUUACAGCGCUGUGAUAGGUCAGUCAGUUACAGCAUUGUGAUAGCUCAGUCAGUUACAGCGCUGUGAUAGGUCAGUCAGAUACAGCGCUGUGAUAGCUCAAUCAGUUUCAGCGGUGUGAUAGGUCAGUCAGUUACAGUGCUGUGAUAGCUCAGUCAGUUACAGCGCUGUGAUAGGUCAGUGAGUUACAGCGCUGUGAGAUAGGUCAGUGAGUUACAGCGCUGUGAUAGGUCAGUGAGUUACAGCGCUGUGAUAGCUCAGUCAGUUACAGCGCUGUGAUAGGUCAUUAAGUUACAGCGCUGUGAUAAGUCAUUCAGUUACAGCGCUGUGAUAGCUCAGUCAGUUACAGCGCUGUGGUGGCUCAGUCAGUUACAGCGCUGUGAUAGGUCAAUCAGUUACAGCGCUGUGAUAGCUCAGUCAGUUACAGCGCUGGCCAUGUAACCUCAGGUGAAGAUUCUAGAUGCAUGGUUCAGUACUUCCUCCAUUUGUGUUUCCUUGGAAGCUGAGAAAGGAACCGGUCUGUGUUGUUGCGUUUUGUCCUUGGGCAAGACACUUUACCCUAAUUGGCACGCGACUGGCUUCCUGUAUGUUGUUCAGUGGGCUAGUCACCAACUACUACAAGGUGACUCCGCCUCAAAAUGACCCUGGCUGUUCACGGGGCGAUUUACCCACUAAACAAACCCUCUAGGAUUUGUUCUUUCUUACAUAGUUUCAUGCUUCAUAGUCUCAUUUGAAUCAAUAACCUAUCAAUAAUUUAUCAUUGAUUGAAUGAUAGUGUGGUGGUAUAUUAUGUAACUUUGUCUGUGAAAAUGUAAGUUUUAGAGUGAAAGCUGUCCUGGGGACCAAUUUUAUACAGGACACUGAAAAACAAAUAUUUAUAAAACAUUUGUAACUUGACAGAAGUCAAAUGGAAAGAGGAAAUGAUGUGUUGUGGUAAGUGUAUGUGAUUGUAAUAUAUCAUAUAAAUGACACUCGAAGUUCCUCCAAUAUUUGAUGUCUAUAAUGUAUUUUUUAUUACCGGGUAAUUUUAGAAAAUGAGAAUGUCUAUUUGAUCUUUUGUUUUUUGUUCAUUUGAUGAUGUAAUUGUGACAUUGAAUUUUAGUAAUAAAAAUGAUCUACUUAAUUGUGAUUCUGACUAUCUUUCCCCUUCUAUAUAAAGGGUGAUCAGAAUUAUUUAGUCCAACUCAAAGUAAGUUACAUAUAAAUGACUUAAUUGAAAAAGUGAAGAAUCUAGAUUUAAUUUCAAAAUUAAAAAAAAAAAUUGUGAUAUUAUAAAAAAAAAUUGGUACAUUUAGAUCACGAAUUGUAUAAUUCCUACAGUAAGAUUUAUAUUGUUAAUGAAAUUAUUCAAUAAUGACUUUACGAAAUUGCAGCAAUUUGUGCAAUACAGGUUUUAAGUGUUGUUAAGACCAAAGGGUCUGGUGGUAUAAUAUUGUGAUAUGUAAAUAUACAUGUAUUGUUAUUUAUUAUUACUUAUUCUAUCUUGUAUUGAAUAAAAACUUGUGAUACUUCUUGA